AUGAGUUAACAUAUAGCAAAUCAUUAUUUUUAACAUCCCAUUAAAAAUGAGCCAAGUAGAAGAAUUAAGACUCUUUAUUCAAUGAAUGAUUCUAAUUCAUGUAGAAAUAGAAAAGUUAUCAUUCCUAAAAAUAUCAGCAUUGAUAAAGAAACUCUUUAUGAGUAAUUACAUCUAGAAAAAUUAAAAACAAAACAAUUACAAAUAGAAAACUAAUCCUUAUAAAAUAUAUUGUAAUAAUUUGGAAAAGAGGUAGAUAUGAUGGAUGAGAAUGAUUAACGAAAAGUCAUUUAAUAGAGUUUAAUAAGAAUCAAAUAAAAAGAUCAAGAAAUAUCAAUGCUUAAAGAAAAUACCUAAUUUAAAGCUUAACAAGAUUUAAAAAAGUAGAUUCAAGAUCUAAAAAAAGAGCUUUUAAAAUAUUAGAUUUUAUAAAAAUUUGAAGGUGAAUAAAAUUAAAUAGUUCAAGACAAUAUUAAUUUAUUAAAUAAGAUUGAGUCUUAAAAAUAAUAUAUAAGUGAAUUAGAAAAAAUUAGGGUUGAUUAUAUUUAAGUUAAAGCCAAACAUAAUCAAUUAUUGUAAGUUAUGAAAUUCAAAGAUCAAUAAAUAUAGAGAUAUAGAGAUAGAGAUCCAUUAUCAGAAAUGAAUAUGAUGAAACAUCAUAGUAAGAAUGAAAAUCUUUUGGUUGAUGAGUUAUAAUUGAAAAUGGAUGAAAUAUAGCAUUUAUAAACAAGACUUAAUUAAUAUUAAUAAAUUAUUUAAGAAAACUAAAACGCCUUAACCGAAUUAAGUUAUGAUUCUUAAUAAAAAAUAUAACUUUUAGAAGCUGAAAAAAAAUAAAUUAAUGACAAAUAUGAUAAACUUUAAAUUGAUUAUAAUAUAUUAUUAGAAAAACAAAAACAAAUUGAUAAGUAAUCUAAUAUACUAAUUUAGAUAUUUAUAAUAAUUUGCUAAAAAGAAACUUUAAACCUAAACUUUAAUUUAUGGAGAGGAUUAACUUUUUUAAUCCGCUACUUAAGUUCUUUUAACUCCAUUGAUAUCUCCUCAUCAUGGAGACAAUAUAGUUGUUAAGUAAGUCAAAAAAUAAUAAAUUGAAUAAACCAUUUUAGAAUUAAAAUUGUCUUUAAGAAAAAAAAGAAUCACCCUUUAAGAUGCAGAAAUAGUAAAUGAUUAUAUUUAUAUUUAGAUCUUACUUUCAGCAGAAGAUGAAAUAACUAUUAAUGAUUUAGAGAAAUAAUUAAGAUUAGAUCCAUUUAAUCUUAAAAAUAGUACUUUACUUGCUAGAUAUUUAAUUGAAGAUUAUACAGAUAAGUAUUUAUUAAUAAAUUUACUUCAAGAGAUUUUGUCUAUGAUCCUGACUUGAAAGCUCCUAAAGCUAAAGUUAAGAGUGUCUUUAGAAACCUUAUGCAAAAUUACAAAUUAAAUUUUGACUAAAAUAUAAAAGAUCUAGUCGAAACUAGCAUUAAACGUAAUCUAAUAGACUUUUGUGUUAAAUAAUCUUUGAGUACACUUAAUUUAGAAAAUAUUAAUGAAUGUAUGGUAUCAUAAGAUAUUCCAUGGAAUUCUAAACAUUCAGAUUAUCUUCAAUAGAUGUAUUACAAUAAAUACAACAAGUAUUUAAAUUUCGAACUUAAUAAUCUAUUAAAAUUAUUUGAUAUAACAAAAUGA